CCGAGUGGUAGUGCUGUCUCUGCUAGAUGUACGGUGCCUACUGCUGUCCCAGUCUGUCUCUCCAUUUGAUUUUACACCUUAGUAAUUUACUAUACAGUGGUGAGGUUGGCGCAACAAGUUAGCAGGAGCCCUAACAAGCCGUGGUACAGGUUGCUUUGGCUCCGGGCAGAGCGGAGUGGGCUCCGCUCAUCUAUCUGUCGCUGUCACCAGAACUCACUGUACGUGAACGCCGCGUCGGUAGGCACACAGACAUAACAGAGUGCCAUAAUUUCGUGACUCCGUGCCAGAUGCAGAUUGCUCCCAACAGUCCAUAGUUAAAACGUACUUAUGGAGAUUGCGGAGGCAAGAGGAGCGUCUAAGUGCGUGGAAAAAAUGGAGCGAGAAGUGGCGCUUCAGAAGCGACAAUAUUGCCGAACAACAGUGUUCAACAUUAUCUCGUCUUUAUGUUCAGUGGCGUCCAUUGCCUUUUGCAUUUUUCUGAGUAUUAACACUGCUGAUAUCAAGAACCGGGUUGUGGAUUUGGAGAGUGGAAAUGGCGAGAACACCUUUAUUCGUACCGCCGGCUACUCCAUGGAUGAUUUUAAUUCAUUGAUUCAGCAGAGAGUGGACGAGCUGCUCUCACAGCGUUCCUAUGAACAUUUCGCCAAGAUUCGCGUUGCCCGACAGACACCACCUGAAUGCAACUGUCCCCCAGGCCCACCAGGGAAGCGAGGAAGAAGAGGCCGAAAUGGAGAACCCGGACCUCCUGGUCCUCCAGGUCCAAAGGGUGACAAGGGCGAUCAAGGCGACCAGGGACCGCGGGGAUUGCCUGGUCUCCCUACGCUGGCUGCUUUGCACAGCAAUCAGAUCCUGACUGUCAAGGGUGAUCAGGGCCAAGCAGGACCACCAGGGCCGCCUGGGCCACCAGGUCCUCCUGGCCCACGGGGGCCUCCUGGGGACACUGGCAAAGAUGGGCCAAGAGGUGUGCAAGGUCUACCAGGUGAUCCAGGGACCCCUGGAGAAACGGGACCUAUGGGGCCUGAGGGGCACCAAGGCCCGAAGGGUGAUCUUGGCCCUCCAGGCAUUUCAGGUGCUGAUGGACAGAAGGGUGAAAUGGGAGAGCGAGGUGAAAAGGGCGAUAUGGGUGAAGAUGGACUGAGAGGUGAUGUGGGGGAGAAGGGAGAUGCAGGCUCGUCUGCUGCAGGCAUCAAGGGUGAACCUGGAGAACCUGGACGAAGCGGACAAAAGGGAGAGCCAGGACUUCCAGGGCUGCCUGGGCUUCCAGGGAUAAAGGGCGAACCUGGAUUCCUUGGUCCCCAGGGAGAGCCAGGGCUUCCAGGACUCCCAGGAACGAAGGGUGAAAGAGGGGACCGCGGGGCGCCAGGCAAGGGUGAACGAGGAGACAUCGGACCCGUUGGACCAAAGGGAUCACAAGGAGAGGCUGGUACACCUGGCCCUAAAGGUUCAAAGGGAGAAACUGGAGAUAAAGGAGACUUGGGAUCUGGUGGCCCAAGGGGGCCCCCUGGGCAGAAAGGAGACCAAGGAGCCACUGAGAUCAUUGACUACAAUGGAAACAUCCAGGAAGCCUUGCAGGGUCCCCCUGGGCCUCCUGGACCAAUUGGGCCGCAGGGUAUAAAGGGUGAUCAGGGAAUGCCUGGCCUUCCUGGACUGGACGGUGAAAGAGGCUACAAAGGCUCCAAAGGAGACAUGGGAAUCCCUGGUUCCUCAGGAGAGAAAGGAACAACCGGUUUGCCCGGCCUACCAGGUGUCAAUGGAGUGAAGGGGGAUAAGGGAGAUCCAGGCCUGCCUGGUCCUGAAGGUCCCUCAAUCAUUGGUCCUCCAGGGCCACCGGGGCCCCACGGUCCCCCAGGUCCCAUGGGCCCCCAUGGCUUCCCUGGACCAAAGGGUGAAGCUGGAUUGCAUGGCACAAAGGGUACGCGUGGAGAGUCAGGACACAAAGGAGACCGUGGACCCUUGGGUCUCCCCGGAGCCUCCGGCUUGGACGGCAAGCCUGGACUUAGGGGCAUGGAUGGGCCUGUGGGGCCAGCUGGGCCCGCUGGACCGAAGGGUGACAGAGGUGAGAGAGGAGCACAGGGGGAACCAGGACCAAGGGGACCUUAUGGACUUCCUGGAGCUGCUGGGACACCAGGCUUGGAUGGCUUGCCAGGCUUAAAGGGAGAGAAAGGAGACCUUGGUGAAAGAGGAGAAAAGGGGGAGAAGGGAAAGAAGGGCAAAAAAGGGCCCAAGGGCGAGAAAGGAGAACAGGGUGCCCCUGGAUUAGAUGCGCCCUGCCCAUUGGGCCCAGAUGGAUUACCAAUGCCUGGGUGCUGGCAGAAGUGAUCGCUCUAACCUGAAACGCAUGGAGUUUGUAAAUAAUGCUUCUUUUAUGGUAUUUAUAGUUUUUUUAAUGGGAAAAAAAAAUCUAAAAGAAAAGAAAUCUAUGUGUACAAUGAUACCAAGCGAAGAUAGCCGUCCUGAGUUUCGCGUCCUAAGCUGCUUCUACUCACCUCGCCGUGUGGAAAACGUGUGUGUCCGCUCUCUCUCUCUCACAUCCACAUCGUGGUGGAGUUCAGAUCCGUGGCAGAACUUUGUCUCUUAGUCUUUGCAUGGCUCAGGCUCGGAGUGUCGCAGCCCGGUCCGAUU